AUGGACGAAGAAGCGCGCGCCGCCACAGCCACCGCUGCCCCAGAGCCCGCUAUCCCAGAGUCUGGUGUUCCAGAGUCCGCUGCACCGGCUUCCACAACGACGCACGCAUCAGAGCCUCCUCCCCUCCCAUACUCACUGCGAGACCGGAAGAAGUCCAUUGCGUUUUUCUGGAUCUUAUUUGUGCUUGACUGCACCGCUCAACCUCUCGGUUUAUAUUACGGACUUUGGUAUGGCACUAAUUUGUCGCAUAACUUGGUCUUUACCAUCGUGACUCUCGCGCUGGGAGGUAUCUCUGUGUUCGAAUACUUCUAUCGACUUUACAACCUCUUCCGCUCCGAUUCUACAACUCGGCCGUUGAACGCUCGCAAGUCAUGGCUAGACUUCUUUCACAUCAAUUUCACCAUUGUGUGGCUGAUAUUGGCGGUCGAGCUCAUCACAGGAACGGUCCCUGAGGAGCCGUAUGUGAGACUCGUCGCUAUGGUCCUGCCGACGGUGAUGUUCUACUUCGGAGUUGUCUACCUGACCCUGGACAUCCUUCGUGCAUGCGGAUUUCGAGCACCGUUCCGGAUCUCGUCGACGCCCAAAGGCGCAGUCAUGCCGACUGCAUUAUAUGUUCUCAUUGAAGACGUGGUUGCAGUCGAUGGCGGCGGUGGUCAGAUGUACCGCUACGCCCUCCGAACACGCUAUCUGUCUAGCCCUUAUUUCCGACGGAUGCUUGUGCAAAUGAAUUACUUCUGGGCAGGAGGUUCGAUAAUAUGGGCUGCUGCCAUUACUGCAAUGAUCUUUACGACUCCGCAGGAUGCUGCAUUUGCGAUUGGGUGGUGUGUCCCCUUCGUAUGGGCCGGGCUUUGGACUCUGAUCACAAUCCCCUGGGUUCAAAGCGAUCUACGUCGCGAGAAGGAGGCCUGGAGAACCAACGGGCCUCAAGGAGGCGAGCCAUACGUCGACGAUAUAAAUGCCCCAACUGCCAGGACUCGCCUAGAGUCUAUUCAUUUUCCGCGAUUCUUUCCGCAAAUUCGAGAAAAGUCAUCGACAACGUCCAUGUCUACAGCCUAG